CCGGGGCGGCGCGGCGGGCACCGGGCGCGGGCAGAGCUGCGGGCACCAGCGACGCCGGUGUCGUCGCUGCUGCUGCUGCUGCCGCCGCCGCAGCCACCACCACCACCACCACCAGGCGGAUCCGCGCUUCUGCCGGAGCUUCUUUCGUCGCUUUACUUUCGCGGCCCGGAGCAGGGACAUUAUGCCGAAGAGAAAGUCUCCAGAGGGUGCUGAAGGCAAGGAUGCAGCAAAAGUAACUAAACAAGAGCCCACAAGACGAUCAGCAAGAUUGUCAGCUAAACCUGCUCCACCAAAACCUGAACCUAAACCAAGGAAAAACACGAAGAAGGAACCUGGAACAAAGGCCAACAAGGGUGCUAAAGGGAAGAAGGAUGAAAAACAAGAAGCUGCAAAGGAAGGUACUACACCAUCUGAAAAUGGUGAAAAUAAAGCUGAAGAGAUUCGCAUCUCUCGCUCAGCUGUUAGUGUUUCAACAUCCAGAGGUGCCCCACCCAGCACACUGUCAGUAAAAGGGCAGAUUGAAACAGUGACAGUUAAGGGCUCAGAAAACUGAAUCUGUAGGUGACAAGAAUGAAUGAAAUAUCAUGAAAAUUUUGGGUUGGUUUUAUGUACCUCUUGGACAACUUUUAAAAGAUAUUUUUAUCAAGUAUUUUGUAAAUGCUAAUUUUUUUAGGACUAUGAUAGUUGACAUAUUAAACUAUAUGAACAUUUCUCAUAACAGUGCUUUUAGAAGUUCCCAUUGUUGCCAAGUAAUAUAAAUAUCAACUUAAUAUUGCAAGGUAUGUGUAAAAUUGGAUCAGCAUUCCAUACACUUGCUUUAAGAAAUUGUCUUGUGCAUAUGGUGAUGUUUUUACUGUGUGUAUUUGAAUUUUUCAUGCAGUUUUUCUAGAGCAAUAAUCAGUGGUGCUUUUGUACUUAGGGUUUAUGUGAUUUUAAUGAAACAUGGAUAGAUGUGGCCACCUGCUGACUAUUCUGGGUUCUUUUAAUGGAUUAUAAUAAAAGGUCUCCUUGCCUGCAAAAACUACAGCCUCCAUAAUGUUUUCUCUGAAUCUGAGGAAAAGCUUGCUCAUAUUUUCAGCUGCUACAAGGAAGACUAAAUGAUUUAGCAACCAUUGUUUUGCACGCAGUCUGUUUGCUUUUUUGGGAAUGUCUGAUGAAAAAACACCCACACAGGAGUAACAGCCUGGGAUUUUCAGUGGCUCACAACUUAAGAGACUUAUACAUAUGUUUCUUGUAGAUACAUUCUUCAGAUAUACUGUCCCAGGGUGAGUAGAGUUGCCAUACUUUUAUCAGGAUAUUGUGUCUGUAAGGAGCUAUCAAUACAGAAUGAAUUGCUCAAUUGAUAGAGAUGUACAGUAACUUAGAAGUAGCUUUCUUACUCCUCCACUCCCUUCCUGUUUAUUUGCAUCAUACUCUGGAAACCUUUCUUUCUCUCUACAGGCUCAGAUUUAAUAUAAAUAGUAAUUGCUGUUCUGCUUCAGCUGAGGACAGUUGUUAAUACAUUGAAAUCGCUGUUAAACAGCGUUAUAUAUUUGGUACCUGGUAGAAAUGGAACAAUGAAAGUUAUUUUAGAGGGGAUUGCAGUGAUGUGCUGGAUUAGAGAAUGAUCUUUUAGUGUCCAUGUUUCAACUCCGCAGCUCAUUCUAAGCGCCUUUUAUAAUUUUUCUCCUUCUCUUUUCUCUAGGAGUCUUGAUAUUUUUAUUGUUGCAUCUGGGAUGGGAGGGGUGAGAGAAAAGAUGUUCCCUGUUCUUCAGUAGCAUUGAUUUGUAUUGCUGGAGUGGUGGCCAUUAUGUCUGAUGAUAUCUUUUUGCUUGUUUAAGUCAAUAAAUAAAUGACUGUUGCCUGA